CUGCUGAUGUCAUCAGGAAUCACUGAAUACUGAAAUUUAACACCGCUGCGCAGGAUUGUCGUGGCUGCUGUUCUCUCUGAGACAUUCUGCACUCAACAUUGAACGCUUCUUGUUGCUAUACUAACUCCAGUCAUUUUUUUUUUUUUUUUUCAAAACUCCAUUUUAUUUCUUGCCAUUUACUCUGUUGACUUGUCCUGGACAUCCCUGAAAUUCCUUACCGUAGGGUCACGUGAAAUGCCUGCGGAAAGUUGUGCGCAGUGUGCUAAGGGGGCUCGCUGAUGGCAUUACUACCGUGCACCCAUUGAUGGGCAAUCGGUUGGCAUUGGGGGCUUCCAGGGUCUCUAGCCAUGCUUGGGAUGUGUGAAUGCAGGGCUGCUAUAUGCAAGGGUAUGUGAUUUGGGGCUUUCAUGGCGAGUACCUGAACUGAAGUUGGCUUCUGAUUUCGGAUAGAUCUUCGCUGUGUGGACAAAUGCAGACAAAUGCAUUUAGGAGCCCAAAGGACAAGGAGUGGAAACAUCUCUCCCACAGCAAGAACGAUAAAACUUCUGUUUUGCAUUGCAAUAUGCGCAACUCUAGUCAUUUCAGAAAGACCAGGACAAGGUAUAGACAUUCUGCACAGAUUAGGCCCUGGAAGCAAAGAUUCAACUUCUUCUCCAACAAUACCACUAUCAUCAGCUUCAGAACAUCAAGACUUGAACUUAACAGGAUCUGUUAUUUUCACCAAAAAUACACUUAUUGAAUUUCCAAUAGACAGGCAUUUUGUUUCUUUAUUGAAAAACUCAUUUACAAUAUUAGUUAGUCUUCGUUCAGAUAGCGUUAAUAAUGCCUUCCUCUUCAGUAUUAGAAACAAAAGUAGGCUUAAUUUCGGAGUGCAGCUCCUUCCCAAAAAGAUAGUUGUUUACACAGGAGGGAAGCAGUCUGUGUUCUUUGAUCACAGUGUUCAUGAUGGACAGUGGCAAAACUUUGCUAUUGCGAUUGAAGAAAAGUCAGUUUCCUUAUUUGCUGACUGUGGAAAGAAGUACUUCAGCAAAGAUGCUGUGUUUGAAAGCCAGACGUUUGCUUCUGGUAGUUUGUUUACCUUAGGAAGAAUGAAUCUUCAUUCUGUUCACUUUGAAGGGGUGAUAUGUCAGCUUGAGAUAAUUCCUUCUGUAGCAGCUUCUACAAACUACUGUAAAUAUUUGAAAAAACUAUGUCUGCACUCAGAUACCUACCGAUCUCAGCCAACUAUUCAAACUCCAGGACUCAUUUCAGCCUUUACUAAUUUUCAGCUUAAUACAAAAACCAAAAAUGAAAUGCAGUCAAAGAUUAGUUUAAAAAGCAUCAACAAAUUAAAUAUGCCAACAAAUGUAACCUCAGCGCCUCCUGUCUCUCAAAAUAUUCUUCUGCAUGGAAAUGGUUCUUCAGUUGUAGGUAAAACAAACGUAGAUAAAGUCACUGAUCAGUUCACUGGGAAUAAUACUGACCAACGAAAGGGCAUAAAUAAAUCAACAAGCCAUCAAAGCCAAGCUGAAGAAGAGAGGACAGCAAUUACUACACACCAAGUAUUAUUACCCAGCAAAAGAACUGAUGAACAAGACAAGACUGACAAAGGAAAGAUUAAGCACAAAGCAGAAAAUUUUGUGGAAAUGCACCCUUUAAACCGGACACUAUAUAGGACUACCACUCAGUACUCUACAGACAACCAAUUAGAUUUGUGGGAUGAUACCAGUUUACCAGAAUUUGAUAAUUAUAAUCCUGACAACAGUUAUGAAAUUGACAUGGAAAAUUAUGAUUAUGACUAUGAGGAGUUUGCAACAGAUCAUGAAAAAGGAGAGAAAGGGGAUGCUGGACUGCCAGGUCAACCAGGUCCUCCAGGUUUACCUGGUCCCCCAGGGAAGAGAGGUCCAAGGGGAAUGGUUGGACCACAUGGGAAUCCAGGUUUACCUGGUCCACCAGGCUCCAAGGGUCCAAAAGGAGAUCCAGGAUUGUCACCUGAGCAAGCAUCAUCAGGAGAGAAGGGAGAUCCAGGACCUCCAGGCAUGAUGGGAGAUCGUGGGCCUACUGGUCAAAAGGGUGCUAAAGGAUAUCCAGGUCCACCAGGUCCACCGGGAGAGAAGGGCUUACCCGGAAUAACUGGCAGUGCUGGGGCUCUUGGUUACCCUGGCAGGCAGGGUUUAGCUGGACCAGAAGGUAUCAUGGGCCCUAAAGGUGUUAGAGGCUUUAUUGGCAUACCAGGGGUUCCUGGACCUCCCGGAUCUGAAGGAGAAAGGGGUGUACCAGGGCCACCUGGGAAGAAAGGACCCAAAGGUGGGCAGGGAUUUCCAGGAGAAUUUGGUGACAGAGGCCCUCCAGGUGCAGAUGGAAGCCCUGGAACCGUUGGUGGUGUCGGACCCUCUGGAUUUCCUGGACUUAGAGGUGAUAUUGGGCCAGCCGGACCAGCUGGGCCUCCAGGAAUUCCUGGUCCUCAGGGUCCUCCUGGAAACAUGGGCCAGCCUGGAAUGAAAGGUGAUAAGGGGCAACCAGGCUUUUCAGGAGAACCAGGAGAGACAGGAUAUCCAGGAGAUAAGGGUGCAAUUGGUUUACCAGGACCACCAGGAUUGAAAGGAAAAGUAGGACCACUGGGAAAAAUUGGAGAUCAAGGACUACAGGGAUUACCUGGUCCCCCUGGCCCUGAGGGUUUUCCAGGAGACAUUGGCAUGCCAGGGUUAAAUGGGCCAGAAGGGCCAAAGGGUGUGCUUGGUGAAAGAGGACCUCCAGGACCACAAGGCCCGAAGGGUAUAGAGGGGGAAGAAGGGCCAGUUGGACCUCAAGGUGGACCUGGACCAAGGGGAAGGCCAGGCCGUAAAGGAUAUGCUGGUGAACCAGGCUCAGAAGGUUUAAAGGGGGAAGUUGGAGAUCUUGGAAACAUUGGAAAACCUGGAGAACUGGGACCUGUUGGAAUGCCGGGAGAGACUGGACCAUCUGGAGGGCCUGGAGAAAAAGGAGACCGUGGCAGCCCUGGUCCUGAAGGCCCUUCUGGGGAAAAGGGCAUUGCAGGCUAUCUGGGAGCUCCAGGCUUAAGCGGACCAAUUGGACCAUCAGGACCACCUGGUCCAGCUGGUCCAAGAGGACCUCCAGGUGUGCAGGGUCCAAAGGGUAGAAGGGGGCCACAAGGUCCUGAUGGUCCAACAGGAGAACAAGGCAUUGAAGGAAUUAAGGGUGAACUUGGUGAAUCUGGAAAAAAAGGCUUACCUGGACAUAUUGGGAAAGCAGGUCAUCCUGGAGAAAGAGGCGAACAAGGAAAAACGGGUCCUCCAGGCACCCCGGGAAGUGUGGGAGACAAGGGACCACCUGGAGAGCCAGGACAAAAGGGACCACAAGGUGAAACUGGACCACCUGGGGAAACAGGCCUUGAGGGUCCUUCUGGAUCUGAGGGAGAAGUUGGUCCACAAGGAGAACCUGGUGUAAAGGGAGAACUCGGUCCUCCUGGAAAUGUUGGAGCACAAGGAGAGCCAGGUUUAAGGGGGGAUCUUGGACCUGCAGGAGAAGAGGGCAUACAAGGCAAAGAUGGACCCAAGGGAGAGCAAGGUGACAAUGGUCCCAAAGGGGAAAAUGGGGAAAAAGGAGAGGAAGGAAUUCCAGGAAUUCAGGGUCCUACUGGUGAAUCUGGCAACGUAGGUCCACAAGGGCCAGAAGGGAAGCCAGGAAAUCAAGGUCUAAGAGGUCGCCCUGGCAAAAAGGGAGAAAAGGGACAAAUGGGGCCAGUUGGAGAAAUUGGAAGCCUGGGAGACCAAGGCGUACUUGGGGGACUGGGACCUAAGGGAGCACGAGGAACAAGAGGACUAGUGGGGCACUUAGGGCCAAUGGGGCCAGAAGGAGAGUCUGGAAUUCCAGGAUAUGGGGGUCAUCAGGGUCAACCAGGGCCUCCAGGACCACCAGGGCCUAAAGGGGAGAAGGGCUAUCCAGGAGAGGACAGUACUGUAUAUGGGCCACCGGGUCCCCCAGGUGAACCAGGGUCUGUUGGAGAACGUGGAGAUAGGGGAGAACCCGGAGAUGAAGGAUACAAGGGUCAUAUUGGAGUUCCUGGAGCAAGAGGAUCAGUUGGACAGCAAGGACCUCCAGGGGAACCAGGCAUUACUGGUGAAUCUGGGCACAAAGGAGAAAGAGGUGUUGAGGGCCCUAAAGGAAAGAAAGGAAUAAGGGGUCCUCCUGGCAAACCUGGAAUUCCAGGACAACCAGGGCCACCAGGCCUUAGGGGUGCUGAAGGAAUUCCUGGAUCCGACUUUGUUAUUGGAAAUCCUGGGAAGCCUGGUUUACCUGGAAAGCCAGGAUUGCCUGGGGAAAAGGGCAGUGCUGGCCUCCCUGGAUUAGCUGGAUAUCCAGGAGCUCGAGGGGAGAAAGGUUCUAAUGGCAUUGCAGGUACUGCUGGGCCACCAGGACUAAAGGGUGAGCGAGGCCUUCAAAGUCAUGGAAAACCAGGUUUAAGAGGGUUUCCUGGUUCUGAUGGUGACCAAGGACCAAAAGGGGAGGCUGGAUUAAAAGGAUUCCCUGGAGAAGAUGGUGAUCAAGGCUUAAUGGGCUUCCAAGGAUUCCCAGGACCAAAAGGUCCCACUGGAGACAUUGGUGUAAUGGGCAUUAUUGGUCCUAGAGGUCCACCUGGCCAAGUCGGAUUCAGUGGUUCUGUAGGUCCACCUGGAAUAAUAGGGCCUACUGGUAAACCAGGUAACAGAGGCGACAAAGGUGCACAAGGAGAAAUGGGGCCCCAAGGACCAAGAGGCCACCCAGGCCCUCCUGGUCCACCAGGAUUGCAAGGACCAUCAAAACAAAUGGACAUGAAUGCUGCUAUUCAGGCCUUAAUUAACUCCCAUGCUGCUCUGCAGACUGAGCAGAGUUAUCAGAACACAGAAGUAACAAUAUUAGAUUAUAGUGCUGAGAUUUUUAAAACCCUACACUACCUGACUAAUUUAAUGCACAGUAUAAAGAAUCCACCUGGGACUCGGGAUAACCCAGCUCGCAUCUGUCGUGAUCUACUCAACUGUGAACGGAAAGUGGCCGAUGGGAAAUAUUGGAUUGAUCCAAACCUUGGAUGCCCUUCAGAUGCUAUAGAGGUUUUCUGCAAUUUUACUGCUGGUGGACAGACAUGCUUGUCACCUGUUACUGUGACAAAGCUGAAUUUCGGUGUGGGGAAAGUUCAAAUGAAUUUUCUCCAUUUGCUAAGUACAGAGGCAGUCCAUACUCUCACUAUCCACUGUCUGAACACACCGGUCUUGGGCACUGAAACAGACGCUCUGACACCUAUCAUCUUCAAAGGAUGGAAUGGUCACAUGUUUGAAGGAAAGAGAUUACGUGAUAGAAAUAUACUUAUGGAUGAAUGCAUGGUGCAAGAUGGCAACUGGCACAAGACACAGUUUCAGUUUUCCACGCAGGAAACCAACCAGCUUCCAAUUGUUGAGAUCCUGAAGUUUCCCCAGCUCAAGGAAAGACAUCAGAAUUACCUUGAAAAUGGUCAGCUCUGCUUCCUUUGACAUGAAUUUGGCUUCAGUUUACCUGGGACUGCUACAGAGAUAGCACUUUCCUUUCUGGACAAGAAAAAAGAAACCGCAAAGGAAGGAAGCAGUCUCACAAGUGCAACUGUUAUCCAGAGCAAUGGAUCUGAUAAACUAAAGAAAUCAGUAAAAAGCAAGAAGACUUCCUUAUAAGGAUGAUUGGCAUUUAAAAGACAGCUAGUGACUUUGAUAUGGAGAAUAUUUAAUUUUUUUGUGUGUUUUUAAAGACUAAUGCCCCCCAAAACAAGAACUGUAUCUAAAUAUGAAAAUCAUUUGGAUCUCUAGGAUCACAAAACCAGAAAGCACUGUACAUUAGAAGACAAUAUCAAGGGAGCCUCGAACUUGCUAAGGAGCAAUACUGGUUAUUACUCCUAAAAGUGCAAUAGAUUGUCUUUGGAAGAGAUUUCUAUUAACCAUUGGGGUUUUCCUUUGCAGAAGGGAGUUACAGGUGUUCCACCUCUCUGUGACAGCAAAGGAACUAAACACAAAUUCUUUUCUGGUCUCUCAUGGAUAUAUACAUAUAUAUACCUCUUUGUAGAGGUUCCCUACCUCUUGCUUUGAUGAUGCCUGGUGCUCUUAAUACUACAAGGUGCUGAUGGAGUUAGGUGAGAUCAAGUUGAUCAAGGUUUCUGUACUCCCUGUAUGUACUGGCUACAUCAAUUCUCUCCAGGAAAAGUACUUAUUUUUAAAUAUUUGCUCAUGUAUUUCAUUACAAAUAAAAACUUUAUUUAUGUGAAAUUUUAAAGUAAAAUGUUCGAUUUAUUUUUGUUAUAAUGGUACAUUUCAGAGCACAGUAGUGCACAGAGACAGAGAAGUUCAAACAUUGUAAAGAUGGUUGUACAACAAGGGUAAUUUUGAAUGGGAUGUACUUUAUUUUUAUAAACAUCUGCUGGCAUCCAAAGAUGUUAGAGUGUAUAUAUUUUGUAAACAUUUAUUGAAAUUUUAAUACAGCGAAUAUUUUAAACAUGCUGAUGUUAAGUUAUAAUAUUUGUAAUCAUUUCAGAAGUUUAGGAAAUGUUUUACAAUAUUAAUAGGUGCUAUCACUUUUUAUUUAAUGUGAUUUGUUCUUUUUAAAAACAUUUAAUAUUUUAAUAAAAAGGUCAUCUUUGCUGAAUGUUCUGUUGUAUUGUCUUUGUCUGCUUUCAUUUGCUUACAAGUUCACGUUUUUUCUUUCCUGAUCUGUUAUGUAUUAUUUCAUAGGCAUAUUUUCUUAUUUUCUUUUUACUGUAAAAAAAAUCUUUAAAAUUCUCUAUAAUAAAAACGUUGCUGUAAA